ACCCUCCGCUGUUUUCUCUCUCCCUUUAACCUCCAGCUAGUUUCCGAUGCCCGGAUGUAGCUACAAAGAGGGCAUGUCAUUUUGACAGCGGCGUUAAGAAACGUCAACACGAAUCCAGACAAAAAACUGGAAACGUUUUUUUUCCUCCUAUUGUCAUUCCUUCUGGAAAAUGGUCGCUGGACAGAUUCGUCUUUCUUGUUAUAUUUCUGCGAUCUGCGGACUACACUCACGCAGCUAGACGCUCAAAAUUUUUUUUUUUUCUAGACAGGAAGCUCGAGGGACGCCCGCCCGCUGAGGAACGAUGCCAGUGGAAAGUGGAAGUGGUGCAGCUGCCCGCCAGGCGAAGCAGAAACGCAAGUCGCACAGCCUCUCGAUCCGCCGGACCAACAGCACGGAGCAGGACCGCGCGGGGCUGCAGAGAGACAUGCUGGAGAGCCAGGACUCCAAACUGCCCCUGUCCCUGAGGACUAACCUGCUGGACCUCUUUGGGCAGAUAGAGAGGGAGUUUGAGAACCUCUACAUUGAGAAUAUUGAGUUGCGGCGGGAGAUCGACACGCUGAACGAGCGUUUGGCGGGGGAGGGCCAGGCCAUCGAUGGAGGGGAUCUGACCAAGGGAGCGCUGAAGGCGAAAGCAAGCCACAGCACAAGUCAGCUCUCUCAGAAACUGAAGACAACAUACAAGGCAUCCACAAGCAAGAUCGUCUCCAGUUUCAAAGCCACCACGUCCCGGGCCGUGUGCCAGCUGGUGAAGGAGUACGCGGGACACAGGGACGGGAUUUGGGACCUGAGCAUCGCCCGCGUUCAGCCCGUCAUUCUGGGCACCGCCUCGGCUGAUCACACCGCCAUGCUCUGGAGCAUCGAGACCGGGAAGUGCCUGCUGAAGUACGUGGGCCAUGCGGGGUCAGUGAACUCCAUCAAGUUCCACCCGACUGAACAAAUGGUCCUGACAGCGUCGGGGGACCAGAUGGCCCACAUCUGGAGGUACAUGGUGCAGCUUCCCGCCCCUCAGCCAGUGACGGACAUCAACCAGGCUCCCUGUGACGAGGACGUGGAUUUUUCGGAUAAGGACGAAGGGGAAGGAGAGGGGGAGGGGUCCAGCGAGUGCCCCACCCUCAGGGUGGCAUGCACUACCCUGAAGAGCCACCAGGGGGUGGUGAUCGCUGCAGACUGGCUGGUGGGGGGCAAGCAGGUGGUCACAGCCUCCUGGGACCGAGCUGCCAACCUGUACGACGUGGAGACUUCCGAACUGGUGCACACGCUAACAGGUCACGACCAGGAGCUGACGCACUGCUGCACCCACCCUACCCAGAGGCUGGUGGUGACGUCGUCGCGGGACACCACCUUCCGACUGUGGGACUUCCGGGACCCCUCCAUCCACUCCGUCAACGUCUUCCAGGGACACACAGACACAGUCACCUCGGCGGUGUUCACGGUCGGGGAUAACGUGGUCUCCGGUAGCGACGACCGCACGGUCAAGGUGUGGGACCUGAAGAACAUGAGGUCUCCCAUAGCAACCAUCCGCACCGACUCCGCCAUCAACCGGGUCAGCGUCUCUGUGAGCCACAGAAUCAUCGCUCUUCCGCACGAUAACCGGCAGGUGCGUCUGUUUGACAUGUCAGGAGUGAGGCUGGCGCGACUCCCACGCAGCAACAGACAGGGUCACCGGCGCAUGGUGUGCUGUACGGCGUGGAGCGAGGACAAUCCCACCUGCAACCUGUUCAGCUGCGGGUUCGACCGGCAGGCCAUCGGCUGGAACAUCAACAUCCCCGCCCUGCUGCAGGAGAAGUGACCGUCUCUCCAUCCGUCCGUCCGUCCGUCCGUCUGUGACGCGGAGCCUUCUUAAACCGCCCGUCUCUGUGUGAAAGCCUAGAACAUACACCCUGGCUCCGCCCCCCCCCCCCCCCCCACACACA